ACCUCCCCCCUCUCUCUUCCUCCCUCUUCCUCUCCCUCCCCUCUCUCUCUCUCUCCUUCCCUGAAGUCGUUCAAAGCUCAGUCCUCUAACAGUGACCCUCUCUCUAAGAAGUCAGCAUCUUACGCGUCGCCUCAGGAGGUCUGCAAGUUCAUCACCGAGCUGGGGAUCAGUCGGGUAGCUCUAACACCGGAAAACAUAGAGACGAUAUUAAACACCCUGGUCUAUGAUGGUAAGGCGGAGUCUUCAGUAGUGAUGGGAGGAGGAGGAGGGAGAGAGGUUGCCGCGACGACGGUGUUCAGACUGUCCAGACCUCUCGUCUCCGACACUGGUCUCAGCCGCAUACCCUGCGGAGUCUGUCCGAUAAGUGCUCUGUGCUAACAGACAAGUAUGUGUGGGCUUUUGGUGUAAAGAUGUCAUUCCUUGAAGGGAGGAAGAGAGAAUGUGGAAAGAA